GCCUCUGAAGACGCAGGUUCUGCUGACCGCCACUCUCAACCGGCACUUCCAGAGCGAUGGCGAAGACUCUGUUUCUGGUGGCGUCUCUGCUGGUUUUGGGGAAUGUGGUCUUCCUGCAGGCCUCGUUUCCCCCCAGCCUCAUCACCGAUCUGGCAAAGAUCGUCAUGGACAACUACUGCUCCCCGGAGAAGCUGAUGGGGAUGAAGGAGGACAUCGCGGCAGCAGGCGCCAACACCGACGUCCUUAACCUCCCGGACGGCGAGUCCCUGGCUAAGGUUCUGACCGAUGGAGUUCAGACCACAGUGAGCGAUCCGCGCCUGAGGGUGUCCUACGAGCCCAACUAUGUCCCCGUGGUUCCACCGCAGUUGCCCCCGCUGCCCCCCGAGCAGCUGGUCGCCAUCCUGCAGACCUCCAUCAAGCUGGACAUCUUGGAGGGCAACAUCGGGUACCUGAGGAUCGACAGCAUCAUUGGAGAGGAUGUUGCAGAGAAGGUCGGUCCUCUGCUUUUGGAGCUGGUGUGGAACAAGAUCCUGCCCACCUCCGGUCUGAUCUUUGACCUGCGCUACACCGGCAGCGGCGACCUCUCCGGCAUCCCGUACAUCAUCUCCUACCUGACAGACACCAAAUCGGUGGUCCACAUCGACACCAUUUACGACCGACCGCUGAACACCACCACCAAGCUUCUCUCCAUGGAGUCCACGCUGGGGCAGACGUACGGCGGCGUCAAGCCCCUGAUCAUCCUCACCAGCAGGAACACCAGGGGCAUCGCGGAGGAUGUCGCCUACUGCCUGCAGAGCCUGAAGAGAGCCACCGUCGUGGGCGAGAAGACCGCCGGCGGGUCAGCCAAGAUCCAGACCUUCAAAGUGGGAGAAACCGACUUCUACGUGACGCUGCCAACCGCAAAGUCCAUCAACCCCAUCACCGGCUCCUCGUGGGAGGUGACCGGCGUGAAGCCCAAUGUGGAAGUCAACGCAGAGGAAGCCCUCGCCACCGCCAUCAAGAUCAUCAACCUCCGACUCCAGGUUCCUGCCAUCAUCGAGGAGUCGGCCACGCUGGUGGCCAACAACUACGCCUUUGAAAGCACCGGGGCGGACGUGGCGGAGAAGCUGAAGGAGCGCCUGGCUAACGGAGACUUCAACAUGGUCGUCUCCAAGGAGAGUCUGGAGGCGAAGCUUGGCGCCGACCUGCAGAGUCUGUCCGGAGACAAGAGCCUGAGCGUCACCAGCAGCGCCGGGAUCGCACCGCCGAUGGAGUACUCCCCAGAGAUGUACAUCGAGCUGAUCAAGAUCUCCUUCCACACCGACGUCUUUGAGAAAAACAUCGGGUAUCUGCGCUUCGACAUGUUCGGAGACUUUGAAGAAGUCAAGCCCAUCGCUCAGGUCAUCGUCGAGCACGUCUGGAACAAAGUGCUCCACACAGACGCCAUGAUCAUCGACCUCAGGAACAACAUCGGUGGACCCACAACAGCCAUCGCUGGCUUCUGCUCCUACUUCUUCGAUGGAGACAAGCAGAUUCUGCUGGACAAGCUCCACGACCGGUCCACCGGGACCACCACGGAUCUCCUGACCCUGGGAGAGCUCACAGGCGAGCGGUACGGCUCCAAGAAGAGCCUCAUCAUCCUGGCCAGUAAGACCACCGCCGGCGCCGCCGAGGAGUUCGUUUACAUCAUGAAGAGGCUGGGUCGGGCCAUGAUCGUUGGUGAAACCACUGCCGGCACUUCCCAUCCGCCCAAGACCUUCCAAGUGGGUGAGAGCGACAUCUUCCUCAGCAUCCCCACGGUCCACUCGGACACCGCCGCCGGGCCCGGCUGGGAGGGCGCAGGCGUGGCCCCCCACAUCCCCGUCGCCCCCGACGCGGCCCUGGAGACCGCCAAGGCCAUCCUCAACAAGCAUAUUGGCGGCCAGCAGCACGCCACGUCCUGAGCACGCCACGCCCGGAUUGGCACUUUUUUUUACUUUAAGGCCGGUUUUGUUACAAAUAACUAAAGCCCUGAAGUAACGAUUGUGUAGGAAAAAGGUAGACGAGUAAGAAUGACAACAAGAACAACCGAGCAGCUUUUGACAUCCGAACUUCUGUAAAUGUGUUCAAACAUGAGUCAGAGCUAAAGGCGGUUAUCGGUUUGUAAAUCAUCUCAUAGUGGAGGGAAAAGUGACCGUUUCCUGUUGUGGAUCUGUACGAGUUCCUGUCGUGGGACACAAUUAAAGACAACAAAGUACACAAUCUGUUGGUUUGGUGUUUCUGUAAAAGGAAAAGAAAUAAGAUUGUCA